AAAAUGUCACUUUUGUAGUCGGUUAAUGCAUCUUAAACUGGUCAAAUGUACUUUUAUAAAGAUUGCUGCGUGGUUUACAGGCAGAGGUGAAACUUGCAUAAAGGGAUCGUGUUGAUGGGAGGAGUACGAAAAGGAUCGCAGCCUGAAAAACACGUUUCGCAAACUUUCCAGUCCAGUCGGCUCUCCUCCACUGAGCCGUAGCGGCAGGUUGGAGUUUAUCCGCGAGACAUUUCCUGCCACUGAUCCGCCCCAUCAGUUUUUGUCUGAUAGGAGAGCCGCUGCCAGAUAGACAGAGAGCCAGACACCGACCGGGGGAUGGAUGCAGCUCCGGUGAGCCGGCUGGAGAGGAGCAGCCACACGGCUUUCAUCUACAACAACACGCUGUAUGUGUGGGGAGGUUACCAGGUAGUUGCUGGACAGGAUGUCAUGCUGCCCUGUGAUGAGAUAUGGCUCUGUGAUUUAGAGAGCGGGACGUGGAAGCAGAAGGAGAUCACUGGAGACGGUCCCUCAGAUUUGUCAGGAUUUUGUGGCUCUAACAUUAACAGCACAUUUUACAUCUUUGGAGGAUGCAAUCCGUCUGGAUAUUCAAACCAGAUGUUUAACGUUGAACUGUCAGAGUGCUCCUGGAAGAGGGUGACUGACGCCAAGGGAAAGACGCCCUCGCCGAGGAACAAACACUCCUGCUGGGUACACAGAGACAGACUGGUCUACUUUGGUGGAUAUGGAUGCAAAACCAUUGGGGAGGUACAGAAUGGAUCAUCAUCAAGCUUCGUUCUAGAUGAAAUGUCCUGGACAACAAUCGGAAACACUUUAUUUCGAUGCUGGGGAUGGAACAAUGAGGUUAAUGUUUUUGACACACACACUGCUACGUGGAGCAUUCCGGAGACUCAAGGCCCUGCUCCUGUUCCCAGAGACAGCCAUGCUAGUGCUCUGCUGGGUAACAAAGGUUACAUCACUGGUGGCGUGGAAACAGCAGAGUUGGACAUUUUCUGCUUGGACCUGGAGACCUGGACUUGGACCCAAUUCAACAUCACCUCUUGUGCACCUCUGGGGCGCUCAAUGCACACCAUGACGUCCAUAUCGGAUCACACGCUCUUUAUAUACGGCGGCUUUGGCACAGAUGGAAAAACUCUGAAUGAUGCCUGGCAGUUUAACACACAAAAGAGAGAGUGGACCAUGAUUACGCACAAACACAAGGACAAGCCAAGAGUCUGUCAUACUGCGUGCCUGGGAAAUGACGGCGAUGUUGUUGUGUUUGGGGGAAGCAGCAACCUCUGCAUCCUUGUGGACUCUGUGGCUAUUCUGAGGGCUCCAUCACAGAAUCACUGCAAGGAUGUUCUCAUCUUCCAGAACCAGCCAUAUUCUCUUUUCAGGCUAUGUGAGGAUUUUAUUGGAGGAAACCCGGAGCUCCUCAGGCAGCAGCUUAGCUGGCUGCCAUCGAAGCUACAAAACAAAAUCAACAAGAGGGCGGCCUUCUUUUCUUCCACAAGCCCACUGCUUACAACAUGAAGGAUUGUCUUUACAGCAACAAGCUUCUUGGUGAUUCAGUUUGGGGUUCUGAAUAUUUUCAUUAUGACUUAAAAAAAUGGUGCUGAUGCUUUAUUGUUUUAUCAUAAAUAUAAUUUGUAAAUAAAGUCUUGUCAUUUUUAAAAACUGUUUAGAUAACAUUAAGUUUUACUCCAUGUAGUUAUGUGUAUUGUAUUUUUGUUGAAUAAACUUGCUAACAAUG